AUGAGCAAAGGCCGGGCGGAAGCUGCGGCGGGAGCCGCCGGGAUCCUCCUGAGGUACCUGCAGGAGCAGAACCGGCCCUACAGCGCCCAGGACGUGUUCGGGAACCUGCAGCGGGAACACGGCCUGGGCAAGGCGGCUGUGGUGAAGGCGCUGGAGCAGUUGGCCCAGCAAGGCAAGGUCAAGGAGAAGGUGUACGGCAAGCAGAAGGUCUAUUUUGCGGAUCAGGACCAGUUUGACACAGUGAGUGAUGCUGACCUUCGAGACCUGGAUGUCAAAAUUGUGGCCCUCACUGCUAAUGUGCAGAGCCUGCAGCAGAGCUGCCGCUACAUGGAGGCUGAGCUGAAGGAGUUAUCUAGUGCCCUGACCACGCCAGAGAUGCAGAAGGAGAUUCGGGGGCUGAAGGAGGAGUGUGCUGGCUACAGAGAGAGGCUGAAGAACAUCAAAGCAGCCACCAACCACGUGACUCCAGAGGAGAAGGAGCAGGUGUACAGAGAAAGGCGGAAAUACUGUAAGGAGUGGAGGAGGCGGAAGCGGAUGGCAACAGAACUGUUUGACGCAAUCCUUGAAGGAUACCCCAAGAGCAAGAAGCAGUUCUUUGAGGAAGUGGGGAUAGAGACAGACGAAGACCAUAACGUCAUGCUCCCCGACCCCUGAGGGGCCCUGCUGGGCGGGGAUGUCAGGAACAUCAGAUGCCCUGGACCAGCUGCCUGCGAGGCUGGCUUCUGUUGUUCCUCCUGCUUUCCACCUUUGAGCACAGCAGGCAGGAGAGGCCUCAGCCAGCCCUGAGCGGAGGGAGCACUGUUGGUCCUGUGGGUGGCCACGCCUGUCUUGUCUCCACAUUGCUGUAGCUUGAGUUUAAACUUAGACUUGAAGCAGUGCUAAAGGAAAGCAGUUGGCAAGAUUUAUUGUAGUAUAAUUUGAUAUAAAAAUAUUUAAUUUCCUCUGGAUCGUCAAGCCUUCUAGAUAUCCAAUCUGAGGAAGGCAGAGGGAGCUGGAGGACAAGGGUAGAGGCUCCUUCAUGCCAGCAUUCACAGAGCCCAUGCUUUGCCCAGGACUCCCCUAGGCUUGGGCGCCAGGAGACCUGAUUAUCUCCUGUACCCUUCACCCCACUCCCAAGUCCCAUGAGUAUAGGCAGCACUGAGACACAGUAGAGGCCCAGAUACCCGACAGGAAGGCUGAGGAUGGUUUUGAGGCCCAGUUCAUAUUCCAAAAUUGUGACUAGCAAAACUGCAUCAUUGGUAUUUAGAAAAAUAAAAAAUUUCAAAUAUGUA